GUCCGUUAGGAAACCAUGAAGUCUCCUUAGUGUGUUUGUAGUUGUUUUAAUCGGCAAACAGGAAAGGGGACUCUGAAGUGGAGGCGCUCCUCCGAGUUUAGUGGGCUGGAGCUGCUGCUGUUGCCAGUUUCUCCGAGGAAAAGACGGAUUCAGCAGAGAAAGACCGGAGACAAACUUUGUGCAAGAUGCAGGGGGUUUCAGCGACUGACCUUCCUGCCUCCUCUCUGCAGUACCAGUGCGGAUCCGCGAACCACCUGUGUUCUCCACGGCUGGUGAAGAAAGGCCCGACCCCCAGACCAUGUCACGACAAACCCGCCAUCAAACCCCGGCCCCAGCCCUCCACCUUACCCAGACCGCCAACUGCACAGAAACCUCAAGUGCCCCCUAAACCUUCGCACCUGCUCGCCCUUGGGCAAGAUAAGAAACCUAAGAGGAUCCCUCCGCCUCCAUCCAGGCCUCUGCCUGCUCCCCCUCCUCCACCUAAACCAAAGCCCAGUCUAACCUCUCCUGGCUCGGGAGCACAGUCACAGAAAGAGGCCCAGAAGGUGGGGCUGCUCAUCGAGAGGUUUGAGAAUUCAAGGGUUCCCAUCCUGGGGGUGCUCCCACGGUCCCAGCUGCACCUGUCUCUCAGAAUGGACACUGCGUCUGACAUCACUUCCUCCUGCGGCCAGGACCCCACGGCGAAGGUCGCAGGAGACCCCCCCUCAGUGGACAAACUUGCACUCGGCACCUCUGAAAGGACUCUUGAGGUGUCUGAACUUUCCCGUCUGGCUUCUGUACACAUCGACGGCUCAGAUGACGCCCAACUGGACGACUGUGACAUCACACACAGCGUUGGUUGCCUCGACGACGUGGAGCGGGAGGAAGGGACCUCCCACGAGCUCCUGGACAAUCAGGACUCCUCGGAGCAGAACGGGAAGAUUCCCAACCGGGACAGCGGCAUCGACAGCCCGUCCUGCGCGGCCGAAGGGGAAGUGUUCCCCAACGAGGACGCCAUCGACGAGGAGGAUCAUUACGACAGUGUCACGGAAACGGAGAGUGUGUCCUGCGUUACCCUGGGUAACAAACGAGACUCAACACAGGAUGAGGACAGUGACUUGGAUGAGGGGAGCAGUGGAGAAAUACACUCUUUGACAGACACACAGACUGGGUAUCUGACCGAAGCACACUCAGAGGCGCACAAAUGCUCAGAGACUCAGAGGCUCCUGAACAUCGCCAAAGAGCUCCUCCACACUGAAGAGGCCUACGUCAAACGACUUAACCUCCUCGACCAGGUAUUUUGCACUAAGCUCACAGAGGCUGGAAUCCCUCAGGAUGCGAUCACAGGGAUUUUCUCCAACAUCUCCUCCAUCUACUGUUUCCAUGACAAGUUCCUGCUGCCUGAGCUCAAGACACGCAUCACUGGAGAAUGGGACUCCAACCCUCGUAUUGGAGACAUCCUCCAGAAACUGGCUCCAUUCAUGAAGAUGUACGGAGAAUAUGUGAAGAACUUCGACCGAGCCAUGGAGCUGGUCAGCACCUGGACACAGCGGUCCUCACAGUUCAAGAGUGUAGUCCACAAUAUACAAAAACAGGAUGUGUGUGGGAACCUGACGUUGCAGCACCACAUGCUCGAGCCGGUCCAAAGGAUUCCUCGCUACGAACUGUUGCUCAAAGACUACCUGAAGAAGCUGCCCGAGGACGCUCUGGACCGGAAAGACGCAGAGAAGGCACUGGAGCUCAUCUCUACUGCAGCGAACCAUUCCAAUGCAGCAAUCAGGAAAAUGGAGAAAAUGCACAAGCUGCUGGAGGUUUACGAAAGGCUUGGAGGAGAAGAGGACAUUGUUAACCCAGCAAAUGAACUUAUCAAAGAAGGUCAUAUGAAAAAGAUGUCAGCCAAAAACGGAACAGCACAAGACAGAUACCUCUACUUGUUCAACAAUAUGGUGCUAUACUGCGUGCCUAAACUCAGACUGAUGGGACAGAAGUUCAGUGUCAGGGAGAGGAUCGACAUCGCUGGCAUGGAGGUCCAGGAGAACGUGAAGCAGAACCUUCCUCACACAUUCGCCAUUAUCGGCAAGCAGCGGUCACUGGAGCUGCAAGCCAGGACGGCUGAGGAGAAGGAAGAUUGGAUUCAGGUGAUCCUUGCCACUAUCGAACGGCACAAACAAAACAGCGAAACAUUCAACAAAGCUUUCAACAGCUCCUUCUCCCGGGAAGAUGACCACCCCCCCGAGUCACCGGGUCCCUGGAGCAACACAUCCAUUGACUCAGACGGUGAAAGACUGCACGAAAGGAAGAGUUCCAGGAAAAAGGAGAAAGAGAAGCAAACGUGUAAAGGCUGCAACGAGAGCUUCAAUUUCACCAAGCGUAAACACCACUGCAAGUCCUGCGGAGCGGCCAUCUGUGCAAAGUGUUCAAAGACCUUGGACAUCAAAACAAGCCGAGUGUGUCCCGAGUGUUUUGAAGCCAGCCUCAGCCUGGAGACUCUAGGUGUUAGUGAACAGAAAAAGAAAGCAGCACCUGAGCGACAGAUAUCUCUAACAGGGGACAACUGCCUGCUCUGUGGCCACCUUCAGUUGCAGGAAAAAGGGAAGAGCUGGUCCAAAGUGUGGGUAGCUGUCACUAAGGCUGAGCCACUGGUGCUGUACUUACAGAGCAGUGGACAGGACUCCAAGGGGGCGAGAGUGGUGCCUCUCCCUGGGUUCGAUGUGAGUGUGAUGCCGCCAUCGGGAAGUGAGAAGUCAGAGAUCAAACACGCUUUCCGGCUCUGUCACGCCCAGCAAACUUUGCUCUUAAGUGCCCAGGAUCCAGAACUUCAGACCAAGUGGGUAGACGUCCUCUCAAGAGCUGCCCGCGGAGAAACACCCACGGACGCAUCUACGAGCCAGACUGAAAACAGGAAGAGCCAGUAGUGGCCGUGUUGUAGCCACAGGACUCGCUGCCCCUCCCUCCCUCUCCUGUGUAUAGAGCACACAUUACUUGAAUUCACUUUACCUUGGCACUUUUUUGUUUAGUUUUGUGUUCUUCCCUUUUGAAAGGACCACUCAAUCCUUCAUAAGCCACUUCAAUCUACUCCUCGUGACCACACAGCUACGUCCUGUUCGCUCUUCAUCUUCCUGUCUCCCUCGAACACACAGAGAAACCAGAGCUAUGCUAUCAUGCCACCAACUCCACUGUAUGCAUGUGUGGUUGGGAUGUAUUAGUGAUUUUAAAAGCCAGAGAAGACUAAAUGUUUUAUUUGUAAUAUAGCUGAAGAAAGUUCCCGUAUGUUUUUUUUUUUUUUUUGUAAAGAUGAAGUUUCUUGUACAUUAUGCGACUGUGUUGUGAAGCAUUAAAUCUUGUGUGUGUGUGUGUGUGUGUGUGUGUGUGGUGUGUGUGUGUGUGUGUGUGUGUUGUGUGGGUGUGUGUG